ACCCCUACUGCGCUGCGGGGCACCUCGAGACACCACUUGGGGUUUCUUCACCCUCCCGAGGCCGCGACUCGUCUUCCUGUGGUCCUUCGCGACGCCGACAGUGACAGUGAUUUUGCACACGUCGAUUACCUGCAGGUUGUUCGCCUUCGCUCACCAUCACACAUCUGGACGUGGGUGGACCGCCACCCGUACAGUGCCCCAUCACAUUUUGCGCUCGCUCCUAGGGCACCACCCCUCCAUCAUGAAUCCAUACGAGAUCGAGCACAAUAUCAAGGCCAGCGAGAGCCGGCCGCAUCGUCGAAGACCGGACAUGUCCACGUUCACGUCCCACCUCCACCAGAUCUCUGCCGAUUCAGAGCAAGGCCAAACGCGGCCGCACGCAGUGCCCACACCAGUCGACACUGCAGCCUUGUUCAGGCUCCUGCAGGACCAGCUCGGCACUCUCGCUUCCGACGCGCCCUCCGAAGAGAACCGACAAUUUCUGGAGCUGCUCAUGUCCAGCCUCGAGGUCGACAUUGCACACCCGCCCGAACACAUCCCCGGCGUGAGCCAAGAAUAUGUGGAUAGUCUGGAUCGCGUGUCAAGAAAGAGCAUAAAGGACGAUGACUCGUGCCCUAUUUGUGCAGAGCGGUAUCUGGAUGACCAGUACUGCCUGGUCGUCGAAUUGCCCUGUCCGGGCCGGCACAAAUUCGACUUGGAGUGCGUUGGACCCUGGCUGCGGAGCAAAGGAAAUUGUCCCAUGUGCAGGCAUGACUUUAGCAAGAAAAAGGUCCUAGAACUGCCCAAAGACGAGGAGGAAGAGGAGGAUGAUAUGGAUGGACUUUACGGUUAAGCUAUGGAUAUGAUAUAGCCAUCUCGGAUACAGUUGGUAAUGCUACCGACUUGUGCGUGUCAAAACCCGCUUGCACGUUCGCGCAAUCAAGAAGUUGAGAGCUCAAUUUCAUCCAAAUACAUAUCGUAAAG